AUGCGGCUUCUAAAGUUCGACGAUCAGGGCGAACUCAGCCUGACCGAGGAUCUUCACGACGGUAUUCCCCCCUACGCCAUCCUCUCGCAUACGUGGGGAGACGAUAAGGACGAGGUCGAUUUCGACGACCUCAAACACAAAUCGUUCAAGAGCAAGGCUAGCUAUGCGAAGAUCCGGUUCUGCGGCGAGCAGGCGAAGAAGGACAACCUCGAUUACUUCUGGGUGGACACAUGCUGCAUCAAUAAAGCGAAUAAUACGCAAUACUCGGAAGCCAUCAACUCGAUGUUUCGCUGGUACCGCGAUGCCGUCAAGUGCUAUGUCUACCUGGCCGACGUGUCAAUCCCUGACGGAGAAGACCCGACAGAACGGACCUGGGAGCGGGCCUUCCGUAACAGCAAAUGGUUCACACGGGGGUGGACGCUUCAAGAACUACUGGCGCCGUCGUCGGUCGAGUUUUUUUUCGCGAGAAGGGCAGCGGUUAGGUAG